CUGGGAUCAAGGAAUCUCGUCUUUAAACUGUGUCUUUUUAUUUGCGCUUUGUUCAUUGAGUUUCACAGGUUUUUCCAGCCGUUGCACCAGUGUUUAAUUUGAUUACUUCAGGGCCAGUAACCCUAUGGGAGGGAUAAAUAUUAUUCGCAUGUAUGAGGAUGUAUUGAUGAAAAAUAGAGAAAUGCAGGGAUUCGUAAGGCUAUAGCGGGAUCAAAUACAUUGCCAAUUCGUUCCCUUUUUUUUUUUUUGCUGGAAUUAUGGAGUGAAUCAUCUGACGGAAAAGCUACAAAAACCGGCUAAAUUUACUCUCGGACAUCUGGAUGUUACCUCAUCUACAGCUUUAAACCACAGUCUGCGUGUUAACGACUUUAGGUGGCUAAAUCUAAACCGUGGGUCUUCUCUCUGUGGCGUAGGCUACAAGGCAAAGCAACUCGAACCACUCCGGUACUCAUGAGUGGAAAUAGUUAGCAGUCAGUCUCAGUGAGCUCUAAUCACGCUAAUAGGACGGAGCACAUAUUUGUAUAUUGGAAUACAGUGUAGGGGACAGUUAGGAAUGCUAUAUCAGGUCUUUACCACUGUUUCGAGCAAGGAUAUAUAACCUACCAACCGCACCGCGUCGCAUUGUAUUGUAAAAUGGUCGAUAGAAGAGGGAGAGAGGGGAAAUAAAUAAUAAAGUCGCCCACAUGCUCUGGAUCAAUCCUUGGAUUGGGGAACGGUAUCAGAAGAAAGGGGAAGACGCGAGUUUAAAAUCCGUGCAGACUGGAAGAUGGCGGAGCGGUGCUGCUGGAGGUGGUGAGAGCGAAACUUCGGAGUGUUUUGGAUUUAUUUGUAAACAUCUCGACCCAGACAGUAGGACACAUGCAGGCCAAAAAACGUUAUUUAAUUUUGCUCUCUGCCGGCGCAUGUCUUGUUCUACUGUUCUAUUUUGGAGGGGUACAUGUGCCUACGUCCAGCAGGAACCCGAAUCGGCGUGACGAUCGUACCCGCAAUGGAUAUCACCCAGAACAGCCCUGGCCACACUUUUCGGACCCUUUACAAAAUUUCAUUCCCUGGGAUCAAGUGGAAACGGAGGAUUACAACAUUCACAUAUCGCCAAGGCAAAAGAGAGACGUCAAUUCAAGCGUUUACAAAGGCAAGAGGUGUCGCAUGGAGUCCUGCUUCGACUUCUCUCUGUGUAAAAAGAACGGUUUUAAAGUUUACGUUUACCCCCAACAGAAGGGGGAAAAGAUUUCUGAAAGUUACCAAAAUAUUUUAUCGGCCAUCGAGGGGUCUAGGUUCUACACCUCAGACCCUGGCCAGGCUUGCUUGUUUGUUCUGAGUCUGGAUACUUUGGACCGGGACCAACUCUCGCCGCAGUACGUGCACAAUUUAAAAACUAAAGUCCAGAACCUACAUCUCUGGAACAAUGGCUGGAACCACCUUAUUUUUAACCUAUACUCGGGCACAUGGCCGGACUACACGGAAGACUUGGGUUUCGAUAUUGGCCAGGCAAUGUUGGCUAAGGCGAGCAUCAGCACCGAAAACUUCAGACCCAACUUUGAUGUGUCCAUUCCGUUAUUCUCUAAGGACCACCCCAGGACAGGAGGGGAGCGUGGAUACUUAAAAUACAAUUCCAUUCCGCCUUUCAGGAAAUACAUGUUGGUGUUUAAGGGGAAACGAUACCUUACCGGGAUUGGUUCAGACACGAGGAAUGCCUUAUACCAUGUCCAUAAUGCGGAGGACGUGGUGCUCCUAACCACCUGUAAGCACGGCAAAGACUGGCAGAAACAUAAGGACGCACGCUGCGACCGGGACAACACCGAAUAUGACAAGUACGACUACAGAGAAAUGCUACACAACUCCACCUUCUGCCUGGUCCCCCGGGGCCGGCGGCUUGGCUCUUUCCGGUUCCUGGAGGCGCUGCAGGCUGCCUGUGUGCCUGUAAUGCUGAGUAACGGCUGGGAGCUGCCCUUCUCAGAGAUCAUCAGCUGGAACACCGCCGCUGUGAUCGGAGACGAGAGACUGCUGCUGCAGAUUCCAUCCACAGUCCGGUCAAUCCAUCAGGACAAGAUCCUGGCUCUCAGACAGCAGACACAGUUCCUGUGGGAAGCCUACUUUUCCUCAGUGGAGAAGAUUGUACUGACUACUCUAGAGAUCAUCCGGGACAGAGUGGUCCAGCACCCGAUCAGGAGCAGCCUGAUGUGGAACAGCCACCCUGGAGGGCUCUUCGCCUUGCCCCAGUACUCUCCUUACCUGGGAGAUUUCCCCUUCUACUACGCUGGGCUAGGCGUUAAGCCCUACCCCAAGUUCACCGCGGUCAUCCAUGCUGUGACUCCCCUAGUCUCCCAGUCUCAGCCCAUUCUCAAGCUCCUGGUUGCUGUCGCCAAGUCACAGUACUGUUCCCAGAUCGUCGUCCUGUGGAAUUGUGACAAACCUCUGCCUGCCAAGCACCGCUGGCCCGCCACGUCUGUGCCCGUCAUCGUCAUUGAGGGGGAGAGCAAGGUGAUGAGCAGUCGAUUCCAGCCGUACGAAACGAUUGUAACUGACGCUGUGUUGAGCUUGGAUGAGGACACCGUGCUUUCCACCACAGAGGUGGAUUUUGCCUUCACGGUUUGGCAGAGCUUUCCGGAGAGGAUUGUGGGAUAUCCGGCACGCAGCCACUUCUGGGAUGCCAACAAGGAGAGAUGGGGCUACACUUCCAAGUGGACCAAUGACUACUCCAUGGUGCUGACCGGUGCUGCUAUUUACCACAGAUAUUAUCACUACUUGUAUACCAACUUCUUGCCUGUCAGCCUGAAGAGUAUGGUGGACCAGUUGGCAAACUGUGAGGAUAUCCUCAUGAAUUUCCUGGUGUCUGCUGUCACAAAACUGCCACCGAUCAAAGUCACACAGAAGAAGCAGUACAAGGAGACGAUGAUGGGACAGUCAUCUCGGGCCUCCCGCUGGGCUGACCCGGACCACUUCGCCCAGCGACAGACCUGCAUGAACAAAUUCGCCAGCUGGUUUGGCGCCAUGCCCCUGGUCCACUCCCAAAUGAGACUGGACCCGGUCCUGUUCAAAGACCAGGUCUCCAUCCUGCGGAAGAAGUACAGGGACAUCGAGAGACUCUAACGAGAGGGAGCCCCCGCCUCUGGGGGCCAGCAGAGACAGGAGGAGAAGGGGGGAGGACCUGAGAGGAGCAGGCCGCUACACGGACAGUAGGCUCACCCUUCAGUCAACCCCGCAAACCCCUCGCAGCGCAUUGCCAAUGACCGCAACCGCAACCACAACGAAACUAGAGACACGUCAGGGGAACCGCACAUACAAGCGCUCAAACUACUGACUUAAGAGACUUUUGGGGAAAAAACUUUUUAAAAAUAUGAAUGCCGCUAAUAAGUGCAAACCUAGGAUGGGGGGAAACGUAGGAAGUGUCUGUAUCGGGAUGUCCGCAGUAAUUCCCCCGUUGUACCGCGCCAGCCCCCCUUCCUCAGCCUCUGUGGUUUUAUGGUUAUUUUUAAUUACUACGCAGGAUUUUUUCAAGACCUAUAAUUUUAUUUCGGUUUCUUUUCUUCAUCUGAUAAGCACAUUAAACCUCCGGGUCGUCAUCCUUCUUAAAUGCAAACCACGCAUGUGUUCACAGUGCCUAAAAACAGCACAGUAUUAAGUAGGUCAAAUUCCCUGACUGGAGAAAUUGCAUUAAUUUCAUGGUUCUGUAUGCGUAUUCAGUGUGGAUGGCUUGUGUGCAAAAAUCCCCUUUCCAUCUCCAUUGGGGAUACACUUGUUGAAAUGGUCCUGCGCACCCAAGAUAUCAUUUCAAGGCAUUUGAAUGUCAUGUUGCCAUUUAUCUUCAGUUGCAUUUUGAAAAGGCAGGGGUUUCAUUUUGCAUAACCGCAUUGGUGAAAACUAUUCAAAACCAUGUCCUUCAUCUCACAGGAUGGAAAAGGUACUUAUUUUUCAGUUCAGUAUAUAUGAAGCAGUAUUCCUGCCAGGUUCCUGUGUGUUGCAUUUGGGAAAAGAGUAGCUGAUAUUUAUGGAAAUUGAAUGUGCAAUCCAAUGACGUUCCUGGAGCUCCUUUUUAUGCCUUUCAAACUGCUUUCAUAUUCCCUGGCUGUAAUAUCAAAGCAGACGGCAUUAAACGCGAAAGGAGAUCUUUGCUUGUUUUACUUCAGUUUUUUUCAUUUUUUUUAUUGAAUUAUAAUUGGUUAAUAAAGAUAAUACACUGCAUUCCUAAAAUUUUAAGAUGAUUUCAAAUGUCAGUCCCCUUUGAAGUACAAUCAAGUACAUUUUAUGAUGACAUUUUCCUAUAAUUUUAACCGAUUUUGUUUGGGAGUGGAAACGGGAUUGUGACAAUGUUAUGAUGCAUGCGAUGUUUGUUUCGCAUAACAAUCUCCCGGUUUCCAUUCUCUCACUUUAACAGUUUUUAUUGCUGAGUGUAUGUUUCCAUUCAGCCUGUUUCUAAAGCGUUAUCCUUUUAUGCAACGUGAAAGGAAUACAAAUGUGCCCAGUGACAAGUGUGAAAUAAUCAGGGGCAUGUAAAGGUCAGAAUGACUGGCACAUAGAGCGAUUUAAAGAUAUUAUUAAGUGUGUGGACAAAGGGAUUAGCCAGAUAAUACAAAUAGAAUGAACCCAGGGCCCUGUGUUAUGGUGGAGAGAGGAAAAUAUCUCCUACUGUGGCCCACCUGUCCCCAUUGUGACUUCCUGUAGCCCUUGCAUAGGCACUUUUGUGACCCUCUCAUUUCUCACAGUUCUUUACAUUUCUUUUUCUCGUUGAUUAAUUUCAAGGGAAUGGUGCUUGGAAUAAAAGUAGACGGUCCCUUAUCACAAUCUGUAAUAAACUUUUAAAGAGCGGUGGGCUAUGUUAGCCUUCGCUUGAACAGGUACUUGAAUGUCUGAUGACUUGAAGGAGCGCGUGCAAGUGGCCUUUUUUGCGAAGGCGACCAAACUUAAAGCGCCAACCUGCUGUGAGUCAAAUCUGAAUUGGCUGACGCUUUGUUUUGGGAGCAUCAUACUUCAAAUGAGGUCUUUUUAUUACUUUGUACCAUGUGAACUUAAGUAAAUGAAAUGUGUAUAUCUCAUUUAACCAGCAAUCAAACAAAUGAAGCUUGUAAAAUGUGUUCUGUACAAUAUCCAGUUCAUGUGGAGGGCUUAUAAAAACCUUGACCCUGUUCGCACCAGCAAUCAUAUCAUUACAGUAUAUGUUACCAAUUAAUGAAAACUGCAGGAAAGUCAUUGACCGGACUUUUAUUUUGAUGACUGGCUUUAUUCAUUGGACAUAUCAGUCUACCAAAAAAUAUGUAUCUUGCAAUUCAGAAAGUGCAAUUCAUCUGUUAUACUGGGGAGAAGGUUCAUUUCACAGUUAUCCACCAAAAACAAAAAUGUUACCCAUCAACAUUUUUCAGACUCAUUCAGGGACUACUCGGCACAUAAACGUGUGAGUCACUAAGAUGAAAACACCAGGUGUAAUUCCGUAAUCCAGCCAGGUACGCAUCAUAACAUUAUUCAUACAGUAGGCUUUAUUUCAAUUGGAAAUGUGACCUUUGCUGGUAUCCUUCCGGAAUUAUCAGUUGGCAUCCUUGCAGUGAGUCCAACUAUCCACACCACCACUGAUGUGGAAUAUUUUCAACUGAUUGAUUCAAUAGACAGUUUUUCUUUAGCUUUUCAAAUAUUUACUCGUAUAUAAAUAAGUGAUUAUGUCAUUUGAAAUAAAGAACUAUUUUAAUUUAUUUUUGGUAUGCCACAUUUUUAUGACCCAGUAUCAUAGUUGUACAUACGGUCUAUGAUACUAUAAGUAGGAAAACGUAUUAUUGAUCCUAAUACAGAAAGAAUGAAAUUACUGUACAGUAAUAACCUCAUUAUAUAAUAUCAGGCUAAACUGUCUAAUGGCUGACAUAUUAAAUUCAUAUCAUGCCUUUAUCAUCUCAUGUCAAUCUCGAUUCCGCACAAGAACACAUUGCAAAAGCAAUUUCGAGACCUUGCAGAAAGCCUUGUCAUUACUGUACAUAGAUAUGGAUAUUUAUUUUCAUGUAGGAACAAAAGCUGAAAUUGUACUGAACAAUCUGGGGAUUACUUAGCCAGGGAAAAAAUUGAAAGCAAAAAAAGAGCAUAUCUCUCACCCCUACAGAUUAACAAUGAAGCCAACAAUUUGAUUUCUGCUUCAUUUAAAAAAUAUUUCAUUUCAAAUGCUUAGCCCCAGGGAAGUUUACCCUUCAGGUAGUACCAUCAAAUCUGUUAAAUCCUGCCAGACCAAUAUAAGACAAUAUAAGAGUCCCAUAAUGUAUCAUGCAUUUGUUUAGUUUUAUCCAUUUUCAUGAAACGGUUUUCAUCACCAUCCUCCUGGCAUUUUUGCAAACCAUAAACAUGAUCAAGUGGUAUUUCCCUGAAAACAUUUUUUUAAAUAUAUUUUGUAUUCAUUCCAGUGACUUGUUUCCAAAUUGAAUGAAGUGUCAUUCUUCAUGUUUAACCUCUUAAAAUGUGCCCAGAUUGGUUUGGCGUCAUGGUCGGACAUAUCAAGAUUUCACAAACCAUGCUCAUCAGGGAUGUUUCCUUGCUGUGUUGUAUGGCCCUCCCCCUCAUAAAAGUGAAUUUAAAUUCCAAGUGCUUGUUAAAUGCCAAUUGUGUAAAAUACUAUGAAUGAUUUCAGAGAACAGCCCGAGGUGGCCUUGAGGAAUGGUGCACUACUUCCCAAAUAUAUACAUAUAUUGUUUUCCUUAAUGUGUUUUUUUUUGUUUUCUUUCAUGUUCCUAAAUCAAUUUCAAUGUUGAGCUUCAUUCACUGACCUGUAUGAACAGGUGGUUCAUUUGCCAAUUCACUGCAAUGUAGGAUAGUGGUCUUUUGUCUGGAAAUAGUACACACCUCAGCAGUGGGAGAGCAGCUGACACACUGUAAACACAUGAAAACAACCUGUAUGAUACCAAAUAAUGUAUGCAUGCUGUGUGUAGCAGUACAGAACUGUAUUCCUUCUAAUAUCUAAUCAGAAUUAUUGUAUUUGGGUACUAGUUAUUCUGUCAUAUGUCCAGAUGCAAACAUUAGGAAACAAGUGUGCAAGCGUGUGUGGGUGUAUAAGCACACUGAAUUAUGUGUCCUAUGGUCAUCUGAUAUCUGUAUAUGUGUAUAUUUUGGGAGGUGGCCUGUACAGGUGGGGAAUGUGCCUUUACAGAAAGACACCUCUGCUUCAGCCAUUAAGUCAUCACCCUGAAGAUGACUCGAGACAUCGCGGCUGUUUUGUUUACUUUGUCAAACACUGGAGUUUUACUGCUUUCAUAACUCUGUUGGAAUGUGCUGCAGAGGGCCCGAUCCCGAUGAGACACUCACCCAGACCUGCAUGCAUCUCGAAACUUCACCUUUGACUAUUUAUAACAACGCAUCACACAAACCGCGUUUUUACUUUUUCUUUCGUUUUUGCUCCUCCCUGGCCCCGCCCCCUUUGUCCCUCCUCAUCCCAUUUGUAAUUAACAAAUGACUUUUAUAGAGUUAAUAAAGAACAAUAGACAAAUGACAAUUUUGUAAGGAUGAUUUUAUAAAAAAAAUAAAAAGAAAUCAUAUUUGAUGAUA